CGGAAGUGUGGCUUUAGCCUAGCGCGAAUUUUCUUCAGAUGGUCUUUCAAGUUUGCCUGUAGAUUGUCAGCUUCAUCAUAACAACUCACAACAAGAAAUGGCGGAUGGCGUAGAUGUAAUGGACGGUGAUCUGGAAGAUGGGGAGAUCUCCGGGUCCAGCUCGGAUACUGAGAUGGGAACUGCAGCACAAGAUCGCCCCCAGGUUCCUCCAGCAUUCAGCGGCCAGUCCUUCCAGAACAGAGCCGCUGCACAGCUCCCUGCCACCGCCUACCGCAGCACCGGUAGAACGGUGGAGUCCAGCGACAGUGAACCGGACUCGUCGGACGAGGAGGCGGCUGUAUGGCGCCGGAAACGCCAGAAAGUGUCCAACGCUCCCCAGCCGCCUGCCUGCACUGCCCGGCCAGGGUCGACACACCUGCCAGCCGCCAGCGCGCUGGGAGGUCGCAAGGUGAACAACAUUUGGGGCUCCGUGGUCCAGGAGCAGUGCCAGGAUGCCAUAACUGCAGAACUUGGCAUAUUUGGCAUGGAAGGUGAAGUUAGCAUGUCCAGCAGAAAUGUGGAGACUUAUAACUUUGUCCUGGCCCGUAAGAUAAUGGAGAAGGAGAGGGAGAUGGAGAGGCAGUCGAAGGAUGGAGGGGAAGAAAGAAUGCUGGACUCUCAGCUGGAGGAAUACAUGAAGGGCCGGGGGUCAGAGGAGAGUGCAGGAGGAGAUGCAAAGAGGAAGAGACCAACUAAAGAGAGACUGGGCCCCAGAGCUGAGAUGGACAUCAAGGGCCGGUAUGAGAUCACAGAGGAUGACCCUGAGGAUAAAGUGGCAGAUGAGAUAGCACACAGGCUGCAAGAGCCUAAAAAAGACCUGAUCGAGCGUGUUGUGAAAGCCGUUGGAAAGAAAAAAGCCAUAGAACUGCUCGGAGAGACUGCCACGCUAGAGGAAAAUGGCGGAGUGUACACCAUGGACGGCAGCAGGCGACGAACACCCGGAGGGGUGUAUCUCAACCUGCUGAAGAACACGCCCAGCAUCACCAAGGCCCAGAUCAGGCAGAUAUUCUUCGAGGAACAACAGAAAGAACAGAAGAGCAAGAAAGCUGCUCAGAAGAGGCGGCGGCACAUAGUGGCCAAGAAGAUGAAGCAGGCCAUCGGCACACUGAACCUGCAGGAUCACGACGACGUCUCCAGGGAGACUUUCGCCAGUGACACCAACGAGGCCUUGGAGUCACUGGAGGAGGCUGCAGAGGAGGAGGGUCAGGAGGAGGCUGCUGUGGGGGCUGAGGAGACAGCAGUGGUCUACAACUCUGCAGACCUGGAAGUCUUCUGAGGACUGCCUGAUAUGAUAUGGACUACAAUUCUAAUGAAACACUGAAAGCACUAUGAAAGUGAUCACACCUGUGUCCUUUUUUUGUUUACCUUAGCAAUAAAAGGGGAACUUAAAAUUUCGUUCAUGUUUGGUACAGCAUGGAACAGAGUAAAACUUACAAGUUAGUUUGAUUUGUUGCAGCAUACAUGUUGAUUUUGAAAUAUAAUUUCUCUUCUGUCAUUUUCAUGUUUCAUGAUAAAGUUGAGUUGAUCUGUUAAAUUCAUUUGUUUAAUUGGAAUAUAAAUAAAGGUGACUUGAGCAAAAUGAGUUAAAAUAAAACAGGUGG